GCAUGCGCACUCGGUGGGAAACUCGAUAGAAAACGGGCAGCUAUGCCGCGCGCUGCAGAAAACGGGCUGGACUCGUCCUCUUGGAGCAACGGCCGGUGUGACGGAGGACUGACCCGGGGACCGCGGGACCGGGAGGCAGCUGACAGACGUUGACGGGCUCAUCUCUCCCCGGGGAACGACCUCCUCCCGGAAGCCCCCGCCCCGCCCCGCUCCGCCCGCCCCGCUCCGCUCGUCCGGCCGCGAGAGACGCCGACACUCCGGGCGAUGUCGCCGCUCGACGCGUAGGACUGUACUGCUCGUGGUCCGCCCGCGAGAAGCGACUGGGAACGAGCGGCGAGAAACAGCGACGGCGAGCGGCCAGCGGCGGCUCCACCAUGGUCCCACCGGCGCCCCGGCUCCACGGCCGCGGUGCGAGGACGCUGUGUUUGCAGCUGCUGCUGUGGAUUUUAUGUUCCGUGAACGGAGAGGAGCAGCCGUUCAGCGUGGAGCUUCACUUCAUCGCACCGUUUGACCGAAGUGAACUUGUUGUGCCAGCAUCAGACAGAACCAGCUGCACCACGUGGUCCCGGCGGUGGAGCCGCAGAGGAGACCUGGACAAGAGUCGAGGGACAGUCCUUGUCUUCGGUUCGGGACUCUGCACAAGCUGCUCCCUCUGUAGAAAAAACACUGAUGGGACCGUUUGGCAUCCUCUUUUGUUUUCCACACUUUUGACACCACCACCACCACCACACGGGGACAUCCAUCCAUGUCCACAUGGGUUGUUUCAGCUUGGCGAGUGGCGAGGCUGCUUCCUCUGGAAGGAAGAGAGUGUGUAGGCAGAAGACUCGGUCCAGAUGCUGCAGGUCAGGCAUGGCUCCAGAGGUAUGGCUACCUCCCUUCUGCAGACCCCAGAAUGUCCGUGCUGCGUUCUGCCCGAGUCAUGCAGUCGGCUAUCGCUGCCAUGCAGCGCCGCUACGGCCUCAAUGUCACAGGGACUCUGGACAGCAACACUAUAGACGAUAACACGAUAAGGUGGAUGAAGAAGCCCAGAUGUGGGGUUCCCGACCAGAUGGGGGGUGCGUCCAAAUUAAGUGUCAGGAAACGGCGGUACGCCCUCACAGGACAGAAGUGGCAGCACAAACAUAUCACGUACAGUAUAAAGAAUGUGACGCCCAAGGUGGGUGCUGAGGAGACCCACGACGCCAUUCGGCGAGCCUUUGACGUUUGGCAAAACGUGACGCCGCUGCGCUUUGAGGCUGUGCCCUACAGCGAGCUGGAGAGGACCAAGAAAGACGUGGACAUCACCAUCAUCUUCGCUUCAGGUUUCCAUGGGGACAGCUCGCCGUUUGACGGCGAGGGUGGCUUCUUGGCUCACGCCUACUUCCCAGGGCCGGGAAUAGGAGGCGACACGCACUUUGACUCAGAUGAGCCAUGGACGCUGGGAAACCCCAACCAUGACGGUAACGAUUUGUUCCUGGUUGCUGUCCACGAGCUCGGUCACGCUCUGGGCCUGGAGCACUCCAACGAUCCCACGGCCAUCAUGGCUCCUUUCUACCAGUACAUGGACACUGACAACUUUAAACUGCCCAUGGACGACCUGCUGGGCAUCCAGAAGAUUUACGGACCUCCCGAUAAGCUUCCCCAGCCCACUAAGCCUUUGCCGACGGCACCCCCUCCUCGGUCCCAUCUUCCUUCAGACCCCCGUAAGCCAGACAGGCAGACGCGACCUCCGAGGCUGCCCACAGGGGACAGACCGACCCACCCCAACGCUAAACCCAACAUCUGUGAUGGAGGCUUCAACACCCUGGCCAUCCUGAGGAGGGAGAUGUUCGUCUUCAAGGACCACUGGUUUUGGCGAGUGAGAGAUAACUCUGUGAUGCCGGGGUACCCCAUGCUCAUCAGCGUUUUCUGGAGGGGCCUGCCGCCUAAGAUAGACGCCGUGUACGAGAACAGCGAGGGCAAGUUCGUCUUCUUCAAAGGGAAGCAGUUCUGGGUGUUUAAGGACACCGUGUUGCAGUCUGGAUACCCCAAGGACAUCACCCAGUUUGGCAAUGGCAUGCCGGCCCAGAGCAUUGAGACUGCCUUGUGGUGGGAGGACGUGGCCAAGACCUACUUCUUUAAAGGGGACAGGUACUGGCGCUACAACGAAGAAAUGAGAACCAUGGACCCUGGCUAUCCUAAACUCAUCACAGUGUGGAGAGGUGUGCCUGACUCGCCACAGGGGGCCUUCGUCGACAAAGCCAACGGUUUCACCUACUUCUACAAGGGGAAGGAGUACUGGAAGUUCAACAACCAGUUCCUCCGCGUGGAGCCGGGCUACCCACGCUCCAUCCUCAAGGACUUCAUGGGCUGCGACCUGACGCCCAUCGACCCCGGCCGCCCGCCGGCCGACGACGGCAACACGGACGUGGUGAUAGAGCUGGACAACGAGGCCAACACGGUGAAGGCCGUCGCCAUCGUCAUCCCCUGCGUGCUCGCGCUGUGCCUGCUGGUGCUGGUCUACACCGUGGUGCAGUUCAAGAGGAAGGGCACGCCGCGUCACAUACUGUAUUGCAAACGCUCCAUGCAGGAGUGGGUCUGAAACAUCGGACAGACCAGGGGGUGGGGCGAGGGUGGUGAGGAGAGACUGGUGAAAACAGGACGGCAGCCCCCACUUUCGCAGAGACGAGGACGGUGGACUUCUUGGGACAUCUUUAGUACGACACACAGCCACUCCUCCUCGGUUCUGGUGAUCUCAUGGCUUCGCUCAGACCCGCAGCAUCAGCCGACAGCCUCACGGUGGCCCUUCCAGACUUAAAGUUGACUCUGCUUACCCCCGGCCUUUUUAACAGACAGAGGGGGCAGGGGUCACUUUGUGGCGGGGUAUUCACCUGAAAUCACCUUUGGUUCUAAAAAACAAAAACAAAAAAACAGGAGGGUCGGCAUCACUUUGUAUCUCCGACACUUGACCUGUCCCCUUCCUCUUUUCUUCGCGUGGCCGACUGCUCUUACUCAGAGGGAGGACUUUCAGUGCAUCUGCAUCUGCAUCUGUCAUAUCAGGUUGUUGAUUAAACAGCAGUUUUAUAUUUUCUGACCCCUAAAACACAAACACACACACACACAUUUGAUUGUGCUCUCAGAAGAUGCGGAAUCUCAGAAAAGCACCAUAAUAAAAAAUCUUCAGUCCUAUUUCAUUUAAAUUCCUUUUUUUAAACUGUCUGGUUUUCAAUUUCAUUCCUGUGAGAGAGAAGGUCCUCACUGUUCCCUUUAACAUGUUCCUCCUGAGGAAGAGACCAAACUAAACCAAAUAAAAUCAAUUUCUCUCCAAAGAGGAUAAUUUUUUUUCCCUUCUUCUUUUUUUCCUCUUUUCAGUUCAUCCUAUCUUCCCUUCUCUGGAUCAUUGCGGAGAUCGGGGUGCUCGGACUGUUGUGGCAGUCUGUUUGAGACACGGGCCAAAUUAUUCUGCAAUAUUUUUUAACUCGCCUUAAUUAUAGAUCAUACUACUUGUGCUUUGUUUUGCUGUUGUUGGUGUUAUUUUGUUAAUGGUUUUUUGUAUACCGCUCUUUGUUUGUUUGUUUGUUUGUUUGUUUAUAAAGAAGCUAAUCAAGAGCUUCUUAUGAUUAUUAUUUCUGUAUUUUAUUACGUCCUCAGCACUGGCUUGCUGAGCUGUUCUGGACAAAAGAGAAACACAGUAGGGCCAGCCUGUAUUGAAAGAAAUGUAAUGUAUUGUAACAAGUUGUUGGAAGGUUCUGGAGUAAAGCCACUAUUUUUGUGUGAUACUUUUAUUAUUUUCACAUGACACAGGCUCAGUAAGAGCUUGACAUUCUUUUUAUUUGUUUGCUGUUUUUUUCUAUUUUUCCUGUGUCCCAUAUUCCCCUCAGUUUGAUGACGUGUUCAUCCAAAGUGGUCAUUCUGUAUGGUUGUCUGUGAUUGGACAGACUUUUUGUUUUGUUUUUUUAAAACAUCCUGUUGACUGCCUUGUUUGAGAGAGCUCACAGUUCCCAGAAUGCUCUUGUCCCUCAAAAGUGAGACACCAAGUCGAGAUCAGUGCCUGUGUCAACGCGCAUGCAAGCAUCUUCUGGACCACCGGUUCUGCUCAACGUGGCUUCGGAACCCCCUCACAAGCUGAGGAGGACGUUUUCUCUUGAAAAUACUGUUUUUGCAUUUAUUUUUGUAAAUUUUAAAUGUAACCACUCCCCACCCCCCCACCACCACCCCAUCUCCAGGUACUAGGAAGUUGUCUUUUUUAAAGACAGGUGGUACAUCUUUGUGAGAUCUGAUGUAUGACUGGCAAAUGAAAAAAAUUGGCCUCAAACACCAACUAACCGUUAGGAAACUCGUCGUGUCCUCGCAGCCUUUGAAUGUGUCUGUUUUCAUGAUCAAAUACUGGUUUUUGUUUUCUUUUUUCUUCCUGUUUUCUGGUCAAAACUAAUUGGACAUCUCACAGUGACUUCUUUGUGUAAGACUUUGGGACAACGGUGAAACGUGUCCUGACAAUAUGAAUAAAUUGAUCAUAAUAUGAGUAA